AUGGUGAUCGCCGCGUCGAGGUCGCCCCUCCAGGCGUCCUUGAAGUUCAACGACGCCAAGCACGGCGCUCGCAAGCCAGGGCAGUCCUCGGGGUCGUCGCUGCUGGCGAGUGGAACGAAAUUAUUUGGCGCCGCGGGAGGGAAAGUUUGGCGCGUGAAUGAAAUUGUGGCGCGUGACGCGGGCGAGCGAAAUACUGCAAAGUCCCCAAAAUCCCCAAAUCCCCAAAUCCCCAGAAAACCCUACCUGCUCUCGUCCCGCUCCCACCUGCUCGCCGCCGCGCCCACCUGCUCGCCCCCGCUCCCCACCUGCUCGCCGCGCACCCGCUCGCCGCCACUCGCCGCGCACCCUCUCGCCUCCGCACGCCGCCCACCCGCUCGCCACCGCGCUCACACACUGCCGACCCGCUCGCGGCCGCGCUCGCAGACUGCGCCCAACCGCCACCGCCCACCCGCCGGCGUCGCCGCUGCAGCUGCCCGCCGUCGCCACCUCUCCCUCCGCCCUAAGCCAGCCGCGGAGAGCAGGGCAAGCGCACGUUGCCGUCCGAGGAGAGCAAGUCGACGAUCAUCUGUUGCUGUUGAGGAGAGCAGUACGCUUAGUUCCUCCCUGUCCCCUCCUUUCUUCCUCCCUCGUCCUAUUGGCAAUAUCACUACCAUGGGACAAGCUCAAGGGCGAUCUAUUGCCUGGCUCUACAAACAUAUGGAGGAACAGAAGAAGUCUACGGAUAAGCCUACCUCAGCUCCCGUUCAAGAACAGGUCAACAGGAAUGCAGACUAACUCGUACCAUGCAAGGCGCGCUGUGAUGACACUGGUGGUUGGAUUGGAGAUGUCUUUUUCGUUUUCCAGCUGAAGUGUCUUGAAAUAUUUAUGAAUGUUGCACUGCUAGUGGGCUGAUGUAUUAGUCGCAAUAUAACUGGCAUAUGUAUGCAAUUUCAAAUCAGACUACGAAUCAAUAUCUGUAUGAUCAAACUAUGAAUUUAUCUAUGUGAUCAAACUAUUCUGAAUGA